AUGCUGGCGCGCAGUACAGUGCUGUCGCUGUGGGGGUACUCGGGGAACAUGCCGCUCGAUGCCGCCCUCCCUGGCUGCUUCAUUCCCGGGCAGGAUGUUGUUAUCCCGCCCGUUUUGCUGCCCGAGGUGUAUGAGGCGGCCAUGGGCGUUCAAGGAGAAAACGGGCAGCCUGGUGGCCGGGAUAUUUUCUUUUUCUUCCGCGGAUUUGAUGGGCGGGACGUGGAGCCGGUGUUGGGCUUUAAGUACUCGUUUGGGGUGCGGCAGGCCCUGUUUAACUGGUUUGACUCGCUUGACUCCGCUGCUGCUGUGCCCAAGGGGUUUGUCAUAGAACGCACACCCGGGGAAGGGGAUUUUGGGGAGGGGCAAGGAGGAGUGGGAGGGGAGACGGGGGGAGGGGGAGGGUACUUGGAGCGGAUGGCUCGGUCGGUGUUCUGUCUGGUGGCAGGGGGGUGGGGUGCUGAUGAGACAGCCACUCAGGCGGUGACACUUGGGUGCAUCCCAGUGAUUAUACAGCCCAAUGUGAGCAUGCCAUUUGAAGGGGAUGGUUUUUUGGACUGGGACGACUUUUCAGGCAUGGCGAGCGGAGGGGAGGCCGGGGUGGCGGUCGCAGAUCCGCGGAGCGGAGGCGGGCAGCGGGACGACGAGCGUAUGGAGCGACACGACGAGGCAUUCCAUGCUGACGUGGAAGAGGCGGAUGAUGACGGGAUGAUGGACCACUUGAGCGACCCGGGUGUUUAUUUCCAGCAGGAGACCGCGAACGAGGCGGCGCUGUCGCAGGCCAUGCGAUGGUGCAACCCGGACGACGACGUCGCGAACAAGUCCAACUAUUCGCACACGACGCCGGUCAGCCCUACCGCCGGAGAUCUCGAUGGUUCUCCUGGAGAGGAUCGCGGGGACGCGGAGUUGGCGCGCGAGGAGGCAGAGAAGCGCACGUCGCUAAGUGACGCGUCGGUGGAGAAUGUCGCCCUUUGGAGUCGCAGUCGCACGACGAUGGAGCACGACGACUAUGCGCACAUGUUCGACGCGCACGGCGGACUGCAGCCCGACGGCGACCGCGGUAAGAUCCGCGCAGACGGGGACGGGGGAGACGAGGGGGGAGAGAGGGAAGAGAGGGAAAGGUUCGAGGAGGAUAGGGACGAAGCGUGUGGUUAUCGGGAUGGGACGGGAGCAGACAGAUUCGGCGCGGAUGGAGACUACGAUGACGAUGACGAUAACGAUAACCGUCACGGGAACGAUGACGUCAUGGGGUUCCAGUUCUGGCGCACGUCGCUUCCGCAGGACGGCAGCGCAGACGGGCAGCACGCGGACGAUGCGGAGUCGGCGCACGCGGCGGAGUACGGUACCAUGUGGCACAAUAUGACAGGGCACCUCGAGAACAUGAAAGAUGACUGGGCGGAGGCGCAGGCGGUGGCGGAAGGGGAGGCGGGGAGCGGGGGCGAGGCGGAAGCCGACGACGAUACGCGGAGCCAGGCGUCCGCGCAUUCCGACACGGCGCUGCUCCUGGAUCACCUGCAGCUGGGGGUGUCGGGGCCGCUGUCGGUGCUGCCGUGGGACGAGGAGGCGGAGGAGGAGGCGGCGCAGGAGGCUGCGCGGGAUGCGCGGGAGGAGAUUCGCGCGGCGCGGGCGGAAAUGUACUUCAGCCCGGAGGGGGAGGAAGCGGAAGCGCCAAGAGGGGGAGAAGAGCCGUUUUCCUUGGGCCCGUCCGCCGUUGACGCCAGGGGCGCGGAUGGCCUUCCGCAGCGGGACGCUUCCGCCAUCCCCGCCGGAGAGGACGUUGGCGCGGGGGAUUCCGCAGCCAGUGAGGGCGCAACCAGCGACCAGGCGGGGCGGACCGAGCCCCGCUCGGACAUGCUUCUUCCGCGCAUCCGCACCACGGGGGACCUCCUCCUCGCCUGUCCGCCCACAGGCGCAUCUUCCCCCGUCGGCGCAGCGGCAGCUGGCGCGGACGCCAUUGCGGCGGACGCGCAAUCCAUGCCGGAGCUGGGGGACGUGCAGCUCUCCGCAGUGGAAGGAAGCGCAGGCGCGGGGACCAUCGGCUCGGGGGAGGGCAUUGGCGGAGCGUCCGCGGGGAAAGCGGCAGGUGUGGCGGGAGGAGAGGCGAAGGAGGCGGGGAAGGCGGGGGAGAUGACGGCGAUGUGGCUGGCGGGCAUCCCGCGCGUGGAGGCGUGGGUGCGGUGCCUCCCGCGCGGGCAGUGGGAGCCGUCUGAGAGCAUCGAGCACUGGAGCAGCAUCGGCAGCAGCAAGGGCGGCGGCGGCGGAAGCAGCAGCAGCGCGCAACUCCCGCCCCAUUCCCCUCCGGCACCCCACCACCACCACCACCAUUCCUCCAGCGGCAUGAGCAAACGCUCCAUGUCGCACGGCCACAUGCACGGGGGGGGCGCGGCGGCGGCGGGGAACCUGCAGGCCGCGGUGGCGGUGGGGGCGGCGGCGGCGGCGGAGCAUGCGGGGAGGGUGGUGCGCGGGCUGGACAAGCACGCGGCGGCCGUGUACCUGUCCAUGCGCGGGCUGCUGGUCGUUCCGCCGCUGGGGGCGUUCUCGUCGCUCAAGACGCUCGACCUGUCGCGCAACAACAUCAGUGAGUGGGGUGUGCGGCGUGCGUGCUGCUCUGCGUGUGCAAACUUGCCAUUCCCCCCACCUCCCCCCCCCCUCGCCAAGUCUCCUCUCCACCCCCCCAUGCCCUCGUCGUCGGUGGCAACGGGAGUGCUGCCGCGGUCGCUGCACAUCCUGGACCUGUCGCACAACCGCCUGGCCGCCGUGGAGGGGCUGCGAGAGCUCUCACGCCUCAAAGUGCUCAACCUCUCCAACAACCGCCUCGCCCGCAUCGGCCACGGGCUGUCGGGAUGUGUGGCGCUGAGGGAGCUGUACCUGGUGGGCAACAGGGUGGGCGAGGUGGAGGGGCUGCACCGCCUGCUCAAGCUCACCGUGCUCGACCUGGGCGCCAACAAGGUCACCACCACCAAGGCCCUCGGCCAGCUCGCUGCCAACUACGCCUCGCUGCGCGCACUCAACCUCGCGGGGAACCCCAUUCACGUGAACCUGGGGGACGAUGCGUUCAAGCGCUACCUCAUCGGCCUGCUGCCGCAGCUGCUGUACCUGAACCAGCGCCCUAUCAAGACGCCCUCGUCACGCGAUGCGCUCUCCGACCCGCUCAAAUCGCGCGGGGCCGGCGCGCCCCAGCUGCACCACGGGCACUCUUCGCGCUCUGCCUCCCGCACUGUUGGUACCAGCACCUCACGGCACCGCACUGGUGGGAGCAGCAGCAGUGGGCUCCGGAAGGCUGCGACGGGAGGGACGAGCGGGUCGGCGAGUGGAGGGGGGUCGAAGGAUGGGCACCACAGGACGCACCAUGGGUCGAGCAGUGGGGCUCACCAUUCGUCGCGCACUCGCACGGCCACGGGCGGGCACUCGACGCAUCGGAGUAGGUCGGGCGUGGCUAGUGGGAGCAGUGCAGGAGUGGGGGAGAAGUCUCGGCACCACCACCAUCAUCACCAUUGA